CCUAUUCCUCGAGAGGAUUUCCCCUUAAAAAGGAUUGUACCGUCCAACUUCUCUCCAAUUCGCGCUGCCUGCAACCAAUUGACGAUGAGAGUCACUUCCUUACGGGCUGCCACAGCCCUACUGCCUGCUAUUUGUCUUGCACAAGCCACCACGACUCACACUUCACCCACGGCUACUACCUCCGCGACACCAAGCUGCACAGCUUCGCCCAUCACCAAACUAUGCGACUAUCCAGAACCAGGACCAGAAUUCGCCGUAGCCUCGGAGAGCCGGGCUUCCUGUUGGAGUUACUGCAACGCGCACCAACCAUGCAGCUUUAGCAUAUUCGUUGCCGGAAACCCCAAUACAGGUACAGGCACGUGUUGGCUAUAUCCGGGAAAAGACUUCGAUGAAAAGGCCGGUAGCACCAACUGCGGCAAUCCCAGCUUGUUUGUUGACAGCAAGCCAGCAUGCGCUGGCGGAACUCCAACAUCUGGCGCCUGUACUGCCACCUCAUCACCCUCUGCUUUGGCCUCGGUAUGCGGCUACCCGGCGCCUGGUGAUUGCUUUGAAGGAUGCCUUGCUAGCGAUGGUGCAUCGAGCUGCUUGAGCUAUUGCGCAAAAGCAGAGGCGUGCAGCUAUGCAGUUUUCAAUCCAGGAAACCCAAGCAACUCCCCCUUUGCGUCAGGCAAUUGCUGGAUCUAUCCUAACGGCACCUUCGAUGCUCAAUCUGCAUCUCUUUGCAGUGGCCAGCCCGAGCAGUUCGUGUAUAAUAACGCGUGCCCUAAACCCCCAUCGUCUUCAUCGCCUUCGCCUUCUUCAUCGCAAACAUCUCCCUCUCCCUCUCCAUCCUCUACCGGGCCUAAUGGCACCGGAGCUGCGAGUGCUGCCGAAAAUCAGUCCAGUGGCAAUGAAGGUCCGGCGUCUGGUGAAUUUCCACUAUACAGCUGUUUGAUCACCAACAUAGCUUUGCUAGUAUGGCAACGUCGUCAGUGA